AUUAAUUAUUAUUCUACAAAAUCUAAUUCUUUAAUUACUUUAAAUACUAAUUACGCUAAUCAGAGUGCAAAAAUAAGUGAAAUAGUGUGUUUUGUAUAUUGUAUUUGUAUUGCUAUUUUUGUUCGGUGCGUGCGUUUGCCGACGCCUUUAGGCGCCUAGUAUGGAAAGCAACGCAUUUGGUAGCAGCCAUUUGCCGUCACAAGCUUUAGUCGUACUUUCGGAGGCUGCUUCCGGUUUGCAUGAGGCUUUGAGGGGCCAACGGCCUUUCCCACCAAGAUUACCAGACGCCAAAGAUCUACACAAUAUGUCACUUGUCGGUAGUUACGGCACACACCUGCUGCACAGCUUCCAUCCACACCUGCUACAGACGCUCAACCAUGGCAUGUUGGCGGCGAAUGGGGGGCCAGCGAGCUACUUUGCCAGCGACCGCGGACUCGGAAAACCAUCGGUAUUAUCGAAUUUUCAACUGCCGUCGGCGUUUUCACCACCCAAAUAUAUAGGCAUAUCACUGGAUCAGAAUCUCUUCAAUGGCAACGAUUCAUUUCGCACAGACUCGGCGAGUCCCACAUGCACUUCCCACGAAUCGAUGGAAGGAUCAAACGAUUACGACAACGGUGAAAAGGGUGAAAGUCCGCGCAGCAACAACUCCGAUCCGAGGGAUUUAAGGCAUGUACACAACAACAAUGGCGGUGGUAGCAGCAGCAGUAGCAGUAGCGGUGGCAUGGUGGGCAUCAAAGCGUCAUCAGCAACUACAACAGCAACUUCCAUGGCGGCCGCCGCUGCUGCCGUAGCCGCCUCAGUGGCGUCAACCACAUCCUCUCCCGCGUCAGUAAGUCAUCUCGGCCAUCACCAUCAUCACACACAUCACCAUCACCAUCAUCCGAAUGGUGGUCUGUUGGCUGCGGCGAGUUUGAGCGGCAUGGGCGGUCUCGGUAUACCGGUAAGCUGUGCCGGUUUGCGUAGUGUGGCGAGUGGUCUCAGUGGCUUGACCACAGCUGGUGGAGUCGGUGUGGGCAUUGGCAGCGGUGGCAGUUCGAGUGGCAGCAAUAGUAGCGGCGGUCUGGCGAGUGCGCUCAGUCUACCGCCGGGUCAUGUGCCAGAUAUUUGCCCAAUCUGUGGUAUCAAAAUUUCGGCCGAAGAAUGGAAUUCACACUUUCUGACCGAACUAGACCGACUCUAUAAGUUGAGCUCGGGUAUGGAACGUACGAAUUUACAGGCAUCUUAUAUGUUUGCACCGCCGUGUCCGGCACAGGAGAACGCCAUACGCACCAGCCAUAAUCGGUGGGAGACUUUUCAGCGAAUACGCAAUAAUAGGCAAAAUCGUCUGAGAAUAAAGGGACGAAAACGAAAAUAUGGAAAUGAUUUAUAUUUCAUGGAAAAUCUCUUCUGCAAUUCCUGCCCAAUAUGCAAACGAAAAUAUGCGAUUGAAGCCGGAAAGAUGCCACCUGAGGAAGAUAACAAAAUGCAGGAAGAAAUCGAAACGGUGGACGUUGAGAGUUGUAAUGAUGAUGUUCCGGACUCGGGCUCCGAAUUGACGACGCACUCUCAACUGAGCGUGAAUAGCAUGAGCCACGGGCAUCACAGCAACAUUGUCAACACAACAUUGAGCAGCAAUAUGCACAGUAGCAAUAGCCAACCAGGAAAGCUGGAUGGCAUCUUAUAUAGAACGGCUUGUGUAAUGAAUAAGGACACGGCAAGUAGUGAGGAUGAUUUGAAUGCAACCAGCACCAGUGGCGGUAAUAUAACGCAAACGUGGAAUCAGGCGCAGCACCACUCAGCGCCCACCAAUACAGCGCAACAAGGACAUAUCAGUGUGAAAAAUGUCAGCGAACUGUCAUCGACAACCCAUCACUUCUACAACGCGGACUCGUGUGGCGCCGUUGAUGAGCGCUCCAGCAGUGGCGCUGCGGCCGGCGGCAAUUGUAACGGCAAGGAUGUUGCGAUGGAAACAUGCAAUGCCAACGACAGCGAUGAGGACGUCAUUGUCGAUGACGAUGAUUCUAUUAAAAUGACGAAUCUCUGCAGCGGAAAAAAACGAAAGUUCGAUGAAACGGUAGUUAGUAGCAGGACUUCGGAUAAUCACUCGCCGAUGGUCGAACAGGAGCGACCACGUUCGGAGCCGCAAGUGACCAGCACUGAGCCAAACAUUGACAUUUCUAAUAAUAAUAAUAACAACAACAACAAUUCCAAAUACAGCACCUUCGAGGAGCUGCGAGCUAAACAGCAACAGCACCAACAAGUAGAGGCAGAUAAUGCGCACAGCAUGGGCGGUAUUGGUGGAGGGGGCGGCGGUGUUAGUAACGGUGCUAGCGGUGACAAUUGUGGCGCUCAUACAAAUUUAAUGGCAACGGCACACAAGCAAAUGGACUUAAAGGUGGGAUUUAGUUCGGAUAAUAAACCGGACGAUGAAAACAAAUGUUUCAUUUGUAAGACAGGUAUAAAGGAUUUUGCCACGGAGUCCUUCUUCCGUGGACGGAAUUUAUACUUCCAUCAGAGUUGUGCCAAUGUGAUGAGCAGCUAUAGGUUGAGUAAAGACUUACAGCAGCAACAGCAGAAUCUAAUACACCAACAACAACAGCAGCAACAGCAACAACAAGAGGUACGCAAGUCGCCAUCGCCACAACAAUUGGUGAAUCUUUAAGAAUUUAUUCAACAAUCACAACACAUACAUACAUAGUAUAAUAUACUAUAUACCAUUAUACAAAACACACACGGAACUCGCUCGUAUAUUUGAAAAACUAAAUGUUAUUUUAACUGGAAAAUACCACUGGUGGGACGAAUAAUAAGACGCAAAGAUGUUCAUGCCAACAUUAGGGAUGUUCUUAUUUUAAAAUGGAUUUUUAAUUGGUAGUUGUAUUAUGGGGCUUAACUGUGGGGAGGAUGGUUUGUAAAAAAAAAUACAGAAAAUAUUCAUUUUUAACCGACUUACGAGCGUAAAUUAAAAAAAAUCAUUACUUAUAACGGAGAAUGUUAAAUUUAGACAGAGAAUGUUAUUUAUUAUUUUUAGCUAUGCUGCAACACACUGAAUAGCAAUCAAUAUGUUCUAUCCGCAAAAAUGGGCCUCUUGGUUUACGAUUGCAAGAGAAGAUGAAGAAGAUUAUGUGGAAUACAUGCACUAUGAGCCAUAAAAACCAUAUAGAGGCCGUGGACAGAACAUAAAAAGACCUUAGAAACUCCUUUGCUCUCAUGGGCGGGAUAACUUUUGUAUUUGCUGGAGAUUUCCGACAGACUCUUCCUGUGAUUAACAGAGGUAUCCGAGCGGAUAUCAUCAAAGCUGCUUAAAAUCGUCGCCCUUAUGGAUUUGGAUUGAAAAUAUAAAAUCACAGACGAAUAUGAGAGCUUAUCUUCAUGGAAUCACUGAUGGUGAUUUUUCACAGCAACCGCUUAAACUUGGGGAAGGAAUUUUUACCACUCUAAAUUUAACAGUAAUUUUAAUAUUCUUCUGGAUGAGCCUUUAAGGCACAUUGUCCAUAGUUUAGGAAUUUUAAUAGAUGCAGUAUACCCUGACAUCGAGAAUUUGCAUGAAAAGGAAUUUUAUUGGUUGUGUUCUAGGGCAAUAGUGUCACCCAGGAAUGAUAGUACGAUAAACAGUCCAUUAUCCCCGAAGACACAGUACAUUAUCCCCAGGAAUUUUUAAAUUCAUUAAACCCUUCUGGAUUGCCACCACAUAAAUUGGAAUUCCUAUUAUGAAUAAAUUAAGUCCUCCAAGCAUGUGCAACGGAACAAGGCUGCUUAUUAAGGAAUUGAAAGACAAUUUAAUUGUAGCAACCAUUAUCACCGGCCCAGCAGCUGGUCAACAAGCUCAUAUAGCGAGGAUUCCGAUGAUCCCAAGUGAUCUUCCAGCCCCAUUUAAACGGCUUCAAUUUCCGAUGAAAACAUCUUUCGCUCUAAUUAUAAACAAGUCCCAAGGCCAGACUUUCUAAUUAGUAGGGAUUAACCCCCGAAAGGAAUGUUUUACUCAUGGCCAACUGUAUGUUGGUCUAUCACAGGCCGGAGGUCCUAAAAAUCAAUUUAUAUUGUUGCCAUAAAAUAAAUUAACAUUAAAUAUCGGUCAGCGAAAUUUUAAACAGCGAAGCGAAAGCAUCUUUUAAUGAAUCAGUAGUUUUAGUAUCCAGCAGUUUUCUAAAAUUUUCGAUUAUUCUGACUUAGCGAGUCGUAGUUACAGAGGAGGUCAAUUUCAUAGAUGGAACAUUUAACUGUGGAGAAUAUUUCGCAUUUUUUGGCUAGUUAGUGACCAUUCGCAGGUUUAAAAUUUCGUCUCUUCAUUCAUCUGUCCGUAUACACGCGAAGUACUCCCUCAAUCUUUCUGAUAUCGAUUUAGAAUUGAGUAAACGCCCUUUCCUUUGCAAGAAAUUUCUAAUUUGUCCGAACCAAUGACAUCGGACUACAAUGGGAUGUAGCUCAAAAAAGAUCAAGACAUUGUAUGGAAAACUUUUGUAGUUAACAAGAUUUCUUCACGAAAUUUUGCUUAGCUCUUAUAGCAGGAACAGCCAAAAACGCUACUCCCUUCCUUCCUUUGCCUUCCUUAGCGAGCAAAAUGUGUCAAAAGUUGAGGCCGUGGUAA